AUGAGGCGGCUCCUCCUCCAAGGCGCGCGUCGCGUGCCAGGAACGUGUGAACGAAGGAACCCGUGUCUUUCCAGGGUGGGCCCAUUCCGGGCCCAUCGGCGCUUCCCGGUGCUCCGAGGCGGGCUGCUCCGGCCUGCGCGGAGCAGGGUUCCCUGGAGCUCCCGCGGCCCCCGCCGUGGAGGCGCGGAGGAGUUUUCCGAGCGCCGGCGACGCCCGGCCACAUCAGCGCCCGCCUGCCUGCCUGCGCGCCCGCCCCCCUCCCCGCUCUCCCCCGGCCUCUGCCGCGCGUGCUCAGUGGGGCGGCGGAGGCGGCGCCGCUUCUUCUACCCGGAGGAGCUGCUUCUGCCUCCUCGGCGGCCGCGGGCAAGUUCCUUCCUGUGCGCGAGGAGCGGGCGGCGGCGAGGAUGGAGGCGAGCGGCGGAGGAGGCGGCUGCUGCUGCCGGGGGUGGCUGGCUCCCCUCCCUGGUUCGCCGUUGCCCAGGUAGGAGAGCGGGUGGCCCGAGGGUGGGGAAGGAGAUGCGGAGGCAGGGCGGGAAAGGCGCCGCCACCGUCGCCGCCUCCUCCACCCCCGGAGAUGGAGGGAAGGGAAUCCCCGCGGGGAAGUGAACGAAGAACGGCAUCUGCCUCCGAGGCAGCCCCGGGCCCGGCUGGCAGGCUGGCUGAGCCUUCCUCCCCAGCCUGACUUUCUCUCCCCCACCUUGUUAAAUCAUUAUGGCUAAAUUGGAAUAGCAUUUCCUCAUCCCGAGCAUCCCUCUAUGUCCCUCCCCUCCGCCCCUUUCCACUCUCCUGAGAAAUUUUUAAUACUAUUGCGUCCUCUUCAUAUACUGGUUUUAUUUCUGUUUCCAGCCCCAGGGUUUGGGGUGGAAUAAGCUGGGCAGAAAAGGCAAAGUCUCUUAAGUGGCCCCCCCCCCCCGGGGUGCUACAAAAAUAGGUCACCACCUAAAUGUUAAGAUUAUUGCAUCUGCUGGUGUUACCAAGGCGCUGGGCGUUUCUCCUUUCUAGUUUCGUGUUUGGUUUUGCUGUCAUUUGCAGUUCAGUUGUACCGCUUCAGUUUGUGAAUGCUAAUGACGUUAAGGCAAAGUGGAUGGCUGUGCAUAACUAUAAAUGUAGGAUCUGCCUUGGUAAUUUCACCCAGAAGUUGCUACAGAAGGCAGAGUUCAAGGAUGCAAAGUGAAAAUUAGGGUCAUUCAGAAAGUAUUAGUUACAAUCCCCGACUGUCUAGAAAGUUCAACCUAUAUAUUUAAAUAGAAUUUAAACAAACAACAACAUGACUAUUUAUAGAGACACCAAUGCUUUGAAAAAUAAAUGAGAAUCAGAGAAGAAAUAGUUGGCUGUUGUUAGUAUAAAACAGUAGAUAUCCAAGAGUUCCAUAGAGUAAACAGUGCCAUAUGGAGUAAGCAUUAAAAACAGCCAAAAUAAAUACUACGACAAUAUCCCAUCAAUAUUUGUUUGCAGUUAUUACUUGGUGCCCCAGUUCUGUGCCAAGCUAACUUCGUAGUACACCUUGUGUGUGUGGACCUGUUUGAUGUGUCAGUAAAUGUGAAUCCAGGAUACCAACCUCAAAUAGACUGGAAAGCAGAUGCCUAUAAUUUUUUAGCCAGGUAAAUUUCACCUGAAUUUGACACCAAACUAACCAAUUCCUCCAUAUACAUAGGAAUUUGGAAAAAACCAAUUCACCUCACUCAGCAGCUUUGGUAUGCUGUCUUUUGUUAAUCAUUAGAUAAUGGGUGGCAGAGAAAAACAGGGGAGCUUUCAAGCUGAGCUUAUUUUUGAAGAGCUUCUGUUUAAAUUAAGCACCCACAUAAACUGUUCCCAAGAGAGCUUGUGAAUGCAUGUUGUAUUUUUGUGCAGUUGGGAAUAGUGCUGUUUUUUUUGUCAAAGCUAAGCAGCAUGCUUAGGAAUCUUGCUAAGUUCACAAUUUAUUUUGAGCAGAAGGGGUUCACAAAUGCUUAAAUCUUAACAAAGUAUGAUUUAACUGAGUUUUCAGUUCUGUAGAUAGUGGUUAAGCUAGCCCUGUAACUGUUUGCACUACCCUGCAUGUCUAUUACAGUAUUUGGCAGAUAAUCAAACUUACAAAACCAGGAUGCUACUGUAUCCAUUGUCACUACAACAUAUUCAUUGUUGCACUUGAGUAAGGUUAAUAUGAAUAAAAACUUAAAAUAAAAACUUUACACAUUUUUUCUGGUUUAUCUAAAUCCGAAAAUGUUUACUUUUCAUUAUUUUGGACAGGUAAUUUUUACGAUAUACUGAUGCAUUUGGUCCCUGCUUUGCUGUAAAGUCUGUAAAAGAUAAUAACCUGUUUAAGACAGUAUUUCAAACUGAGUUUGAACAUGAGUUCCUUGCUUUUGGUGGCUUCUGGUUGUGACAGGUGACUUAUGUACUAUGAGAUAUCAGACAGUAAGAGCAAACUACAAGCGUGCAUUAAUUAUUUGUGCUAUGCCAAUUUGUCAUAUCUACCUUUUAUCAGUAACUUUGUACCUGCAACAAAAGGUUGCAGUGUGUGUGGCAUGAUCCUAUUCAGGAUUCCAGGCAGACAGGCAUUCCCUCUUGCAUUCCUCCCCAGUUUCCAUUUUCUUCUUUUCAACACUCAGCUAUCAUUACAUGUCGGCCGAGUAUACUCACUUAUCAUUAACCACUUUGGGGCCUCCCCAUCUCCCUGCUUUGCCCCCCCCCCGCAAAGUGAUAUGUAUACUUCUGCAAGCAUUGUGGUUCCCCAAGCCUGCUGACAACUUCCCUCUUAUGAGAUGAUAGUACUGUUUUGACUUGUAUAAUGAUAGGCACCUGGAGAAUGAGUUCUCUACUAACAAGAUGUCACGGUUUCAUUUCCAUAAGUAUAUACAGACAAGAAGGUCUGCUUGAUUCCUAUCUACAUAUGCAUCUCAACUAGUGUUCAGAUUUUUGAGCUCAAUCUGAGGUCAUAUCAUUUGGACCAACAUUGGAAACGUGCAGACUUGUCCUCGGUCAGGGUUGACAUAGUUCAUUUUUGUUUCAAAACAAUUGGGGGGGGGGGAGGAGAACAACAACCUAUAGUACCUAUAAAGGAAAUUGCAGAGCUUGUAAAUGUGCAGAAUGGGGCAUUCCAAAUUAUCAAUGGACUUGUUGUUGUUGUUGUUUAGUUGUGUCCGACUCUUCGUGACCCCAUGGACCAGAGCACACCAGGCACUCCUGUCUUCCACUGCCUCCCGCAGUUUGGUCAAACUCAUCGUAGCUUCGAGAACAGUGUCCAACCAUCUCGUCCUCUGUCGUCCCCUUCUCCUUGUGCCCUCCAUCUUUCCCAACAUCAGGGUCUUUUCCAGGGAGUCUUCUCAUGAGGUGGCCAAAGUAUUGGAGCCUCAGCUUCACGAUCAGUCCUUCCAGUGAGCACUCAGGGCUGAUUUCCUUAAGAAUGGAUAGGUUUGAUCUUCUUGCAGUCCAUGGGACUCUUAGGAGUCUCCUCCAGCACCAUAAUUCAAAAGCAUCAAUUCUUUGUCGAUCAGCCUUCUUUAUGGUCCAGCUCUGACUUCCAUACAUCACUACUGGGAAAACCAUAGCUUUAACUAUACGCACCUUUGUUGGCAAGGUGAUGAGCACCUCUAUUAUAGGAAGCUGCCCUACACUGAGUCAAACCAUUGGUCCAUCUAGCCCCAUAUCAUCUACAUUGACUGGUCGCAACUGUACAGUGCUUGGGGCAAGAGUCCCAGCCCCAGCUGGAGAUGCCCAGGAUUGAACAUGGGACUUUAUGCAUGCAUACAAGCAAGGCGGAUACUCUAUGUCUUGUUAGUAUAGAGCAGGAGCACAUUGUGGACUUCCUGCUUGUGGACUUCCUGUACGUAUCUGGCUGGGCUUUGUGAGAACAGAAUGCUACCAGAUAGACCUUUGGUCUGAUCUCCUUCGCUAAUUUGUUAUAGUUAAUGCUAUUCCAUUGAUGAUGAUUUACUGUGGACACCCUCUGACUGAACUUCCCACACAGUUAUGCUUCUCAAGUCCCUUUGAAGUCAAUACAAGUUAGGAGUAUGGAUACAGGAUUUUUAGUAACUGACUGAAUUCAGACAUUAGGCAAAAUCUGUUAAUCAUUAUUAAAUGUGUAUACUGCCCUUCAUGCAAAGAUCACAGGGCAGUUCACAACAUAAAAAUACAAAAUGAGAACACAAAAUACAUCACGGAAAACCAAAAACAAACCAGUAACCCCCAUUGCACAAGCACAUUUAAAAGGCCAUAGAGUGUUAAUCAGCCAAAGGCCUGAUUUUAGUUAUGCCAACUUUGGUGCUGUCUGAAUUUGCAAACCAUAGUUCCACCUGCUGCUCUACACGCAAGAGAUUGAUGUUAUUUGCAAAUAAGAAGAUGGCUGGGGGGCGGGGGAGAUAGCUCAGCAGAGAGGAAAUGAAAAUAGAUUAUACACUUGGAAGUUCUAAACCAGGGGUCAGCAAACUUUGUCAGCAGGGGGCCGGUCCACUGUCCCUCAGACCUUGUGGGGGGCCAGACUAUAUUUUUUUGGGGGAAAUGAACAAAUUCCUAUGCCCCACAAAUAACCCAGAGAUGCAUUUUAAAUAAAAGGAGACAUUCUACUCAGGUAAGAACACACUGAUUCCCGGACCGUCCACGGGCUGGAUUUAGAAGGCGAUUGGGCUGGAUCCGGCCCACGGGCCUUAGUUUGCCUACCCAUGUUCUAAACUAUGAUUUGGUGUAAUUUGAAUUGAGCCUUUGUCUCUCGUGGAAGAAGAAUUUCACCCAUUGAGCAAAAGCAAUUAAGCAAAUCUAUCUAGGUUUCUCUGAAAAGUUGUCAUUUAUUUUUUAUUGAUUUUCCAUAAUUUUUAAUAAACUUGUCACCAAAUUAAUACAAAUGAAUACAAAUUUAAAAGCUGACUUCUCACCCCCCAGAUGUUCCCUCUAUUUUCCUCCCUCCUAGUACAAUAACAUUUCCAACUUUCAUUUCAAAAUUCAUCUCUGAAAAGUUGUAAUACAAGAAUGCAGGUUGUGCAAAGCUCAGAUCAAUGUACAGAGGUCAUGGGUAGAGCCAGAAGGCACAACCCCCACCCCACCAUGUGUUGAUUCUACACACACGUGUUGUGCAAUGAGCUGUUCGGACAAUGAAUCGUGUUUGGGAGCUGGGAAAGUGUAAACAACUGAAGGAAAAUAUAUUGUAUUUUUGCAUUUUAUUUUUACUUUUGCAAAUAGAAGGAAAAUAUAUUGCAGGCAACAAAGAACAAGGAAUACAGCAAAGUGAAACAAGAUCAUCUGCAGUGUAGACAUAUCUACCAUUCUUAAACAUUACACCUUUCGUAAAAACUGGCAUAAUGGGUUUUCCCGUAGGACCCGUCUAUCAACACAGACACCAUUAUGCCUCAUCAUCCUAAGUACCUACUUGCUGAUCUUUGCAAGUAUGAAAGCAGCCUGUUAGGUUCUGAGUAAGCAAAAUACUUUAAGUGUCCUAAGCUAUGAGUAAUAUUUAAUGAAGACAAUGUGAUUAUUGAUAAUACAGUUAGGCAGUUAGGAAGAGUAAAGACUUAACAAGACCUAUCAGUCAUAUACUGUAUAAGCCAAGAGACAUGGUAGGUGUGAAAUCAUUUGAACUAUACUAUGUGCAAUUUUUUUUAGCAUGGAGCAGUUUUAUAAUGCCAACAGACUCAAUUGUCACAUUUCUUUGGUAUUUUUUACUCCAGCUGCUAAAAUUGAAGAUUUCUGUUUAAAAUAUCUUUUAACUACAGGUCCAUGCAUUUAUUUACUAGGUUGGAGGUUUUAAAGAGGCAAAAUAGAUAGUUGCAUUUGCAGAACAUUCCAAUGAACAGGUUUGUAAAGUGGUUCUGCAAGUUUCCAUCACUUCUAUUAUUAGCCAAAAAUACUUUUAAAAACAAAACGAAAGGAGAGCUAAGUAGAUGUUGAGGAGAGUACUUUACUUCUAACAUUUAUGGAGUAGUAAUUGAGGAUAUUAAUUCAAUUUAUUUAAAAAAAAAAGACACAUUACAACAAACUAAUACUUAUGAAAAAUAGAAACGGUUACUCCCAGAAACUCUGACUAAAUUCCAGAAUGAUGAAUAAUUUCAAAGACUCAGACAAUAAUAUGCAAUUGUGGUGUCAACUGGCAUGUUAGAAGAUUUGACCGACUCCUGUAUCUUAGUACUGUACUAAUGCUGUAGCUAUCGCAUAAAUUAUGAUAUAUCAUCAUCAUUUUCUUGCUGUUGUGUUUUAGGCAGAAUGAUAUUAUGCUUCAGUUUAACAUGACCACCAUUACACCAGAGCUUAACUGGCGUAGCUAAUUGGCACCCUGUGCUUCUCAACAGAACAUCAAAAGCAUGGUAAUAGAAAUAGAAAAGAAAUCUCUAUCAAAGUAGUGAAAAAGUUCACUUCCACAGAGUAUCUGGCAACAUCAUCACCAUGUAACUAUCACCACAUCACUUCUAACAUUGCCCCCGUGUUUACCAAUGCUUAGAAGGCCUCAGAAAGCAAGCAGUGGUAGCAGGAGCACUAUGAUGAAGUCAUUUCAACAAUUCUAUAAUUUAUUCUACACAGAAGGUAUAAGCAUAACUACCAGAAAGCAUUUAAAGUGUCUCACCAGGUUAGGGAGGAAGCAAAUGCUUAGAGUGAGGACUUAGAGUGAGGACUUCUACAGCCAGAGAUUCAAAAUCAAACUCAGGCAUAGGCAAACUCGGCCCUCCAUAUGUUUUGGGACUACAACUCCCAUCAUCCCUGACCACUGGUCCUGUUAGCUAGGGAUGAUGGGAGUUGUAGUCCAAAAACAUCUGGAGGGCUGAGUUUGCAUAUGCCUGGUCAAACUCAAGCAUUUGUGGACAAGCCCUUUGUCAGAGGCAAAUACUGAUGUUGUGCUUCAGGGAAGGGGAGAAGAAUGACUGCAGGAGAAUCAGGAUUUUAUCUUGCAGAAGGAAAAGAUAUGAAUCAAGCUGGGUUUUUUCCCAUUCCACCCCCUGAAUCCACCCAUUUCCUUCUCAUUUUGCUGCUGGGGUUGUGCCACCAUAUGACUGAGAAUGAUUUAAGAUUACAACAGAAAAUAAUAAUAAAAAUACAUUUAAAAAACCCCAAAAACAGUAUAAUAGCAUUGCUAUAACGUAGUAACUUCCUUGGAGUAGAUGCCUGUGCAGGGAAUUUGAUAGCAGGAUACACUUGCACUAUUCAUCUAUAAACAAAAUUUAAAUGGAACAAAAAUGCUAUCAAGUUUUAGAGGCCAAAAAAGGCAGAUGUGUUAACAUUUUUACUGUGUUCUUUUUAGAUCCCAGCUUUGUUGCGGAAUUGCUCAAGACCAAAAGUUAGUGACAAAAAAUCUUUCUACAUAACAGACAACUUCACAACGUGAUCGGCUGUAUCAAAUCAAAGAUCUCUAUAUAACCAUUUGAUGCAUCAUUUAAACUUCUCUGGGAUCUGAAGCAAUCAUCAGAACAACAUUUUUGAAACAGCAUGACUAACUGUAAAGGAAGAUCUGUCAGCAAGAAAACAAAUGAUAAAGCCUAUCAUGGAGAAAGUUUUGUAAAUUGGACUAUAAAUCUAAAUACAAUUCAGUCUGACAAGUUCUUGAACCUGCUGUUAAGUAUGGUUCCAGUUGUUUAUCACAAAAACCAGGAAGAAAGACAUAAGAAAGUGAAUGGUCUCUGGCAAGAUGGAUUACAGCCAUCAGGGCAUGGUUUCAGUGUUAGGACUGACCAGCACGUGGAUUAUCAUCAUUUCUCAGAAUCAACUUUUCAUAAUGGUAGCAAUGGACAUAAUUCAUCGAGCUGUAGCCCAAAGUAUGAUAACUUCGCAGGAUAUAAUUAUUCAGACAGAAUGGACAUGUCGGAAACAGAUAUUAUGCUGCAGGACAACAACGUAUCUAGUGAUGGUGAAGAAGAUACCAUUGUGGAAGGCAGCAAAAAACAGCCAAAAGAAUCUAGUAGCAUUAUGGCAUUACAGAUACUUGUACCAUUUUUGCUAGCAGGCUUUGGAACAGUAUCUGCUGGGAUGGUUCUGGAUAUUGUUCAGGUUGGUAUUUCCUAAGAAUGGUUUUAAAUGUACACAUUCUGAUUUUUUUCUGAUGCACUCAAUCAUGACAUUUAGUAUGGUCCUCUAUAUUAAGGCUGAAGUAUGUGUUUUUGUUUUAUUGUAAUGUUGUUUGUUCGUUAUGUAAGGCUACUUACACACACACAACUUCUGAGUGGGUUCUUCUGUAGUCAAGAGGGAGCUGAGGAUUUUGUUUGUGAUUUGAGUUCUCAAAUGCUACUUAGGUUCAUAUGAGUUUCAGGAGGUUAAUUGUCCUUGGAAUAAACUUAUGUUCAGCACAUGUUGAACAAGAUAUUAGUCAUGCCAUUUUUCUAGUUUCAUUUUCUUAGUCUACCCACUUCACUGAGUGAAGCUUUAUUCCCUGCCCCCCCCUCUAAAAUCAAUUUUUGCUGCUUUAGAAUUUGUAGGGAGGAAAUGAGGUCAUUUGGCACAAAGGCAGAAUUUUCAAAGCCAGGCAAAUUGUGUAAAGGGGCACCACAAGUGCCAUUAUAUUUGCAGGAUCUUUAAUAUCAACUGGACGCCACUCCAGUCUCCAUGCAGUGCAAGAUUCCAAGGGCUUGUGUUUCCUUUUGGGAACAAGACGCAGCAGAAACUGUGGUGCCUUUAGGAUAUAUGGUUUACUUGCACACAUAUACAACCUGAGCCUGCGAUGGAGGGGCUGACAGCAUCAACACCCCAAAAGGGUCUUCUUCCUCCCAUGGACACGGCCUUAGAUUCGAACAGAAAUCACACAUCAUGUUCUUUCUCUCCAGCUUGCCACUUUACUUCGCGUUUACAGAGAAGUUUAGGGAAGCUUUUUAAUGUUUGAUGCAUUACUGUAUUUUAAUAUUUGGUUGGAAGCAGCCCAGAGUGGCUGGGGAAGCCCAGCCAGAUGGGCGGGGUAUAAAUAAUAAAUUAUUAUUAUUAUUUACAUCUCUCUCACAUCCACACACCAAACUCUCUACUCUAAACUCCGGCUUUUAUCUGUUGAGGGCCCCGUUCCCCGUUCCCUUUAAAAGCUCAUCACCCUGGUUAACCCCUCACAGGAAGCUAGUUUGGCUUGACAAGAUUUGAGCACUUGCUGAAUCCAGGGAUUAAUUAGAGGGGUCUGGCACCCACAAACUCCUAACGCUAUCUUACAAAAUAUUCACAUUUAUAUUUCAAAUUCCUCAGUUUGCUGGUUGGAAAUUGAAUUAAGGUAUGUUAUUUAAACUACUCUGGUCCUAUUGAAUUAAUCUUUAGGGCAAGAUGAAUUACACCUAAGGAACUUGAAGAUGCAAUCUGAGUCUUUGGAUAUAAUUUUUGAGAUGUGCCAGGGGACUGGAUGUGCUGGGACACUUAGCACAUAUAUAUUGGAUCUAUAAAAGGGGUGUGGGGAGAAGAUCCAGAUUACAGAUUGUUGGUCAGCUGGUGUUCAUAACUGGGAAACUUUGAAGACAAAUAAUUAAGGAGUUAGUUUGGAAGCAUUUGGAAAAGAACAGUCAUUAAACACAGUCAUUACAAAGAACUAGCAUGAUCUUCUUAAUAACAAGCCAUGCCAGGUUUACCUUUAUCUGGAUAGCUACUAGCUGGGUAGGAAAAAAGGUUAUAUGGCUGUGGUAUAUACUGAUUUCUGCAAGGCUUCCACAAGGCCCUCCAUUAUAUUCUUUUUGACGCCUGUAAAAUGCGUGCUAGACAAUGUUACUGCUAGAAUGAGCUGUUCUUCUAUAUCAGUGCGAGCUGCUAAACUAAUGGCAGCGAGAAAGGCCAUGAUACUUCUUUUUCUUGCAAGUCCCACUGAGAUAUCAAAGCAGAUUAGCUACUCAGUUACAGUCUUUGGGCUUUUGAUAUGCUAGUUACAUAAUACUGGCAAGGGAAACAACAGCUCUAUGUAUUCAGCUAUGAUAUGUCAUGACUCAUUAUUGGAAUGUUUCUGUAUUGUUGAUGGUACUGAUACUGGGGAAAAUAUAUUAGAUACUGAACUGAUUUUGGCUUUAUUAGUUACUGAGAUUCGUGAAUAUAAAGUAUAUUCUGCCCUUGGUAAUUUCUAGAUAGAAAACCCUUUCCCAGAAAUGUAAUUUUGUGUCACUAUUUUUAAAACAUUUAUUUUAUUGUGUGUUUUUUUAAAUAUAUCUAUUUUUAUGUUUUCCAUUUGUCAAAUAGCAUUGGGAAGUGUUCAAAAACAUUACUGAAGUUUUCAUUUUGGUUCCUGCACUACUUGGUUUGAAAGGGAAUUUGGAAAUGACUUUGGCAUCCCGACUGUCAACAGCUGUAAGUAUAUGAAGCAUUAUAAGGCUGGGGUAUUGAUAUUAGUGGUUUCUUGUUACACAGGGACAUCUGCAACAUUUGUUGAGAUCAGCAUCCACCAUCAAUUAUCAUAGGCAAGUGACAGUUGAAAAGUGAAUAGACUGGUGUGCUGACCCUAUUUCCCCAAACCAACCCCUGUGUCCUGUGCCCUUCAUAGUGCAUUGCACCCAGUCUUUUGUCAGGUUGGUUGGAGUCAGGUGUUGUCAAUCUUUCUCUUAUCCUCACAUAUCUCUAUGUGCAUAGUUAUUCAAAAUGUGCAUUGAUGUGCAUUUAAUUAAUAAAAUACUCUGCAGUUCUUUAGUUCGGAAGGUAUUAAAGUAUUUUUGGGGUCGUCUGCUUACUUCUAUGCAAGAAUUUGAUGGUUUUAAAAUUGUGCAAAAUAAAUACUCUUGCAUCAUUUAAGCAUAAGUCUGCCUUUAAACAUUUCAAACAAUAAGAAUAGAGAGAGAGACUUAAAGGGAAGGUUCUGAACAGUCAAACAACAGUCAGAACAGUGUCACGAGGGGGAGAAUAACCAUGCUUUAUGUCUUUUGUCAUCAGUCUUAUAAUUAGCAUAAUUUUCAUAUAAUUUCUAUGAACCAGCUGCUGCCAAACAAAUAAAAAAACUGCAAUUCUACACUCACUUAUCUGAAGGUAAGCCCCAUUGAACGUUCGACUUCCAAGGCGUUUGGGAGCUGAAGUACAACUGUAUUAUUAACAUUUUAUAACCUACAAUUAUAAAUAAAUAUUUUUACAGUUCAAAAAAGAUUCCAGUUUUUAUAUCAGUUUCAUAAAUGGCCAUGCUAAUAAUGCUACUUUAAACACAAAGCAGUUUUUUACAAGAUACGGUGUACAGACAGUAUGUAGCUCUCCAUUCCCCUAGCACUUUUGGAUUGAAAGUCAGUUAAAGUCUGAUCAUUGCUUCCAUUUUAAAGAAACAUGCACACGACUGAUAUACUUUUGAGAUUAAAUGAUGUUAUAGCACACAAAAUGUUCGUGGUAGAAAGCGAUAGUUGAACUCUUCAAAUUACUACCAAGGCAAUAUUUUUCACUUGCUAAAAAGACAUUUUGUGCUUUUUUACAGGUAAAUGUUGGAAAAAUGGAUUCACCCAUUGAGAAGUGGAAUUUAAUAAUUGGUAAUUUGGCCUUAAAACAGGUAAGGAUUCAUAAAAGCGUUAAAAAGUCAUUGCAGAUUAACACAUUGUCAUAGAUGCAAGAUGUCAUGGACUGGUUGGAUGCAGAGGAAUGGUGGGAGGAACCAGCUGGGGAAACCCAAGGGAAGAAGGUGCAGAGCCCAGGGAGUGCUGGUUGGAGGACAAUGAGUGGUCAAAGGGAGAAGACUGGGAGGAGGAGCUGUCAGAAGCUGAAGAAGUAACAGGGCUUAGUGAGCUGGGGGAGUCUGUGACAGAGAGGAAUCUAGAAUCAGAGGCAGAAGCUGAAGCUGAAGCGGGGGGGGGGGAGGGAGGCCAAGAGGCAUAGAUGAGUCCAGCAGGUGAGGGGUCACAGGUGUCUCCCGCUUCUGCUGUGACAAACUCCCCUCCCCUCUGGUCUUGCAGAACCAGAAGAGGUAUGAAAAAGGCGGAGGAGGUGUUAGCUUCAAGCAAGCACAGUCUCCAAUUGCUUGGAAAAAACCCCUGGGGAGGAGGGUGCUUAGACGGCUGUGGGGAGGCAGGGACUUUCAGUCUCAGCAACUGAUCCAUGAGGCAAGACCUACUGGGGAUGAGCUGUUGUGCUCAUUAGGCCUGACACAUGGUGUUCUUGCUAAUAAAGUGUUAACUCCAACUUGCUGACACGUACAAAGCUGUUGCAGUCAGAUGACUCGGGCAUUGUUUCCCAUGAGAUUAAUGUUCAUAGGAUUUUGAGAGUUUGCAUACUAUUCAAAUAGCACUUGUAGUCAGAUUUGAGUAAUUAUUCUCAGAGCUGUGGAGCAUCGUUACAGAGAUCCCCAGCAAGUCUCACCUCAGUUCGAAGUCUCCUGCAGUGCCUUGGACUGGCUGCAGUGCAGUCUCAGUACAUUGAGAUUGAUGAUUUAUCUUUAAGGGAGUUUUUUUUGGACUUACUUGCUCUUAAAAUAUAGUCUUAGGCCGUUCAAAAAUGAAUUCUCUGGCUCUAGUCCAAAAUAUGUUUAUUUGCUGUGCUCUUAAAAUGUUGGCCUUUCUAAGAUAAUUAUUUGUUCCAUAUAUUUUAAUGGUUUAGACUGCAAUUUAACCAUACUUGUUAGGAAAUAGGCCCGAUCGAACUCAGUGAGCUUUACUUCUGAGGAAAUGUGGUUAUGAUUGGACUGCACACAUUUUUAAUUUUAAAGCUGAUUUGUGUGUCUACGAAGAGAAAAGCCAUAAUAACUCAAAUCAAAAUCAGAUCCCUCUAUAACACAAGGGGAAGAGAAAUCUGGAGUGGAGUCCCUAAGACGGAUGGAUGGUGCCUUGUACGCCUCCUUCCUGCGGCUCCUGCAGCCAAGCUGGUGCCAAACUUAUUGCUCUGCUUUCCUUUGGACCACAUCAGUGAGGCCGAGAGGGGAAUAUUGUUGUCUGGGCAGCCCAGGACCUCCAUAUACACUGCCCAGGUUUGCAAAAGCAACGUGGGAGGCAGCAGUUAUGAGUUACAGGUCUCUGCAGCCACAGCAGGCACUGUGAUUCUCUAGUGGCUUGGCUUCAGUCCCAGAGGUGCACUCCAUUGUCUCUCGAGACAGAUAGAUGCUAACCUAGAUUUCUCCAUGCCUGUGAACCCCAGUUAUUUUUAAUUUAGCCCUGUGAUCUUACUUACUUUUACAACUCCCAUUCCCAUUUCAUAACCUACAUUCGGCAACUCAGUAGCAUGAUGAAGUUCUUCAGGCUUCUUGAAUCCAAAGCAUGGAUUUUUAUUUUAUUUUUAAAAAGCAACAGUAAUAGAACAGUUCAUUUAAGCUUUGUGUCUGCUAAAGAGAAAGCUGUAAUUAACUCAAGCCUUCUUCAAAUGGGACAUGUUGAAGCCUUAGUCUCAGUGGUGGAAAUAAGGCAGGUUAUAAAUAAACAAGUAAAUAGCUAAAUGAAAUAUAGAAGCAUUGCAGUAUUCUUCCAGUUUUCUGUGUGCUAUAAACAAUAAACACCCCCCCCCUGCUCACACACAAAAACAAUUCUCACUAUAGCCAACCAAAGACAACCAACCACACCCUAAGCCACCCCCAACCUCUCUCACCGCCGAGGAAAUACAACAAGCGAAUAGUAAGAAAACCCAUACAAGUAAUGCUAACACAAAACCCCACACAUACACUAAGUAGAAGAAUAGAAGCAUAACCACCCGAUCCCACCCCACAUACCAUCCCCCCCUUUCCCCCUCUUUCCUUCCUAUUUGUAUAACAUUAUCCUUGUCUAUAAAACUCAGUUAAAAAAAGAAAAGAAAUCAAUAAAUGCUAUAAUGAAGCAGUUGGCUGUACACACGGCAGCUCUGUCCUUGCCCAUUUUGGAAGCUGAUGCUGAGGAAAUUGGUUUUAGAACAAAGAGCCCAUCUCUCAUGGGUGUUCUACCAUGAUCUUGGCAGUUGUUUGGAUUUCCUCAUCAUUUGUAAAUGUUUUGUACAGCAGAAUGUUUAUACAAAGGCAAUUCUUGUGAUACAAAUUCAAUUUUCAUUUUUAUCUUCACUUCUUUAGGUGCAAGCAACUGUGGUUGGCUUCUUGGCAGCCGUGGCAGCCGUUAUAUUGGGCUGGAUUCCUGAAGGCAAAUACCGCCUUGAUCACUCAGUCCUCUUGUGUUCUAGCAGUGUAGCAACAGCCUUCAUAGCAUCGCUUUUACAGGGUAAAAGAAACAUUAUGUUAUAAAAAGUACUUAAAUACAGAAACAAUUCUAAUAAACAGCAGUUUUGCAGCGUAAACGAGGCAUAUUGUUUAUACGAAUAGUCAGUUUCAUUCCACCUGUGUUCUAGCCCACCAGAAAUAGAAUAGAAAUUAAGGUAUUUUCCAGAGACUGCUUACUUGCAUUUAAUAAGUGGAUUUUUUAAAAAAAAUCUAUUGAGUGUUGGUCAAGUAAUGUUCUUUGUCUGGUCUUUACAAAAUUAUCUCACGUGUUUGUUAAGUUGUGGAUUGUUGAUGGAAACAUUUUAAUGAAUAGCAUAUGAGGUAAUAAUAAUUACAAAUUCAGCUCCAGUUGUUCAAACAUGCAUUCUGGAAUUUACACCAUUUAAUUUUUAAUGAUUGUAAAAAAGCAAGUAUUCAUGCUCUAAUAAGCAGAGCUGCUUUUAACAUGGUGAGAAGGAUGUAAAUUAAAUAGGAGCACUGCACUAAGCUGGAAAAACACCCAAUUUUUAAAAUUUGAUCACUUCUUAAAGUUUUCCACUCUUACAAUUGCAGCAUGAGACUGAUAAACCUUCUACUUCUGUUGGCUCUAGGAAUAAUAAUGGUUGGAGUUAUCGUUGGGUCAAAGAAGACUGGCAUAAAUCCUGACAAUGUUGCAACACCCAUUGCAGCGAGCUUUGGAGACCUUAUCACUCUUGCCAUACUUGCUUGGAUAAGUCAGGGUCUUUAUGAUUGCCUUGGUGAGUAUUGUGGUGCUUUUAAAGGGCAAAUAUCUCCCAACAGGCAAAUAUUUGCAUAUGUGAACAAUAUGUUGACUGUUCACCCCCCACCCCCCCCACCCCCCGCUGGCUUUCUACCUGCAUAUUUGUUGUUGUUUAUUGAGUUAGUUUAGUUGGGAGCUUGCAAUUUGUCAGCUCACAAAGGAGGUGGGCAGAGUAGUCUGCCUUCGUCUCUGCACUCUACUGCUGAACUCAGCUGCUUAACUCACCUGUUACUUUGGCUUGAUGCUUUGUCAUCGGGGCUCAGAGCUUUUGUUCUUAAGCAGUGUUUCUCAACCUGUGGGUCCCCAGAUGUUGUUGGACUACAACUCCCAUCAUUCCUAGCCAGCAUAACCAGUGGUCAGGGAUGAUGGGAGUUGUAGUCCAACAACAUCUGGGGACCCACAGGUUGAGAACCACUGUUCUAAAGUUUAAAGACUGCAGUUUACGCUUAAUCCUUAUCACACAAUGCUUCAUCUUACUAAGGGAACAGAAAGGGUUAUUAUUCAAUCCAUAGUAUUGUACAGGGCAAACAGCUAUCUGGAGAAACAACAACAACAACAACAACAACAACAACUGUAAGACAGUCUUUACUUGCAGUUUUUAUUACCAUAAUUGAUAUUUGUGCAGCAUCCCACAUGCAGACUAUGUGUAUGAAGAUAAUCACAUGUAGGAACUUGACCAUUCUUUGUAACUAGAUGAUAGGCCUCUUCCCGCCCCCUGGUCUCCCCUUUGCUCCCCUUGCCACCUCACCAGUUCUCCCUCCCUCUUAGCCUAGGCCCUAUUAAAAUGGGAGCUCUCUCAACUCUUUGGAGUCAGAUAUUGCAAUGUUGAUUGGAAGAUGCAGAGGAAAAGUAUUUAGCGUUGGGUAAUCCCGAUUACCCAAGCGUGGCCUAAUGCGUGCAGAUACGGGAGAAAAGAAAAUGCACAUUAGAUAUGGUAGAUUAGGAAGAGCGGCUGCAUAGCAAAGCAAAUUGAUUGUAAGCAAUACAAACCAAAAUGCAGACAGCGUAAGCACUGCAGCAAAAUAUAUUUAGUGUGCUACAUUAUUUUUCUGUUGGAUCCUAAUUUGUACCUCCCCAUAAUGCUCCACUUGCUUUAUUAUGCCAAUUAAGAGUUUGUCUAAACUGGAAAAAUAAAUAUUCUUUGCAAUUGUCAGGGUUAGCAGUUUGGAGACAAGGAGGUACCACACAGGCAAAUAGUUCAGUGGGGAAGCAGGCAGAGCAUCAAAGCAGGUAAGCAAGAGAGUACGAGAGGAGUACAGUCUGUGUCCAAGUAUGAGUUGCUCAAACUGAGGAACUAGGCUACAGCGGAACCUUAGGUUAUGUACCGUUCUCCUUACGAAUGCUUCAGGUAAUGAGCUCCGCUAACCCGGAAGUAGAUGCUCUGCUAACAAGGAAGUAGAUGCCCCUAGUUGCAAACUUUGCCCCGGGAUGCGAGCAGAAGUCAUGUGCCAGCGGCGCGGCAGCAGUGGGAAGCCCCCAUUAGCGAAAGCGCGCCUCAUGUUCAGAAUGGUUUCAGCUUAAGAACGGACCUCCGGAAUGAAUUAAGUUCGUAACUUUGUCAGAAGCUUUGUUUACCAUAUUUAUAGGCUACUGUAGAACAGCGUUCCCUGGGCAAUUCACAACAAGAAAUAAAACAACUGAAAGUGUGAUAACAAUAGCAUAAAAUGCAGCUUACAGACAAGUCACAAAGAGCAAAAAAGGAACCAGAUUUAAAAGGCUGUGUAUGUGUGGAUUUUGUUUGACACUGGAAUGGGAAUGAGACCAUUUCACUUGCGCCAGGUGAGUCACUGGUGGGCCACCCACUGCUGAAAACACCUUCCAUGCCCCAGGCCUCAACUGGCAGGAGGAAUUCAGAGAUGAGCCUCCAAAGGUGUCAAGGUUUGGUAGGUUUAUGGUGGAAGCUUAUUCCUGGGACAGGGGGGACCCUUUAGACCAGGAGUGACUAACCAAAGCCUUCCAAAUGUUGCUGGACUCCAUUUCCAACAGCCCUAGCCAGAAUGGCCUGUGGUCAGGGAUGAUGGAAGCUGUAGUCCAAAGACACAGGUUAGCCACAUGCGUUUGAGACUUGCCUUUCCUAGCCUCUACUACUAGCUGUACAGCCGUUUUCUUGUCAUUGCAGUAGCAGUCCUGAAGCCCGCAGGCUAGCAGUUCAUUCCUCUGACAAAAUGCCACAGUGCUUCUUUAAGUGCCUUGGUCCUGAAGCUGAGGUCCUCUGUUUUGAGUCCCAGUGCCUUGAACCAACAAAUAUUUUCCAUCCAUCUAUCAUGGCUGGCAUUUGGGAAGCGAGUGCAUGUUUCGUUGGGCUUGCUGCUCUGAAGAUGAUAGGAUAAUUUUCUGAAAACAUUCUGUUCUGUAUAACUAGUUUGAUUCCAUUCUGGGGUAAUGUUAGAAUCCUUUUUAUCUUUUUCUUUUUGGUUAAUAAAGUAUAAAUCUGCAUGAUUAUCCCCUUGGAACACUAGAGGGCUCUAUUGAGCUAUAAUUUGGACAUCUUUUUGUAGCGAUGGCUGCAGAAGUUUUAGUUUGAGAAUCAAUGGAAUUAACUACCAAGUUAAAUGUGCCUUUGAUUAAAGUCCACUUGAGGUUCCUUUGCUGGGCGCAGUGGGAUGUAGACCUUCCAAGAUUAUGAGUCCUGCAGUCUUUCCCCCAUAAUCCACGGUCGUUAUUAAUACAUUUUGCCCUAAGACCUUUCCUAGAUGUUUCUGCCCAUCUCCUCUGCUUACAAAUAAUCACUCCCAUCAGAUCUCAUCCGUUUCCAGCAGGAGAGGUGAGGAGUGUGUAUCUUUGCUUGCUAUAAUCCAUGAUCUUUCUCUUCCUGCCUACAAGACCUACUUGGCCACAAGCUGCCCCACCAGGUCCAGGGACUAUCAGCCAGCGCUGCUGAAAGUCUGAUUCUAUGAGGGCAAAACAGGAAAACCGACAAGUGCACAUAUUUUUCACUUUGACAUUGAUUUUAGCAGAAGCAGAGAUUCUUGUGCAGAAUGUAUUUUGGGGGGAAACAACACUCUUCCAUGAAUGCAAAGUAACAUUUCUACCUUUACAUUAGGUAAUUGUAUUCAUUGAAGGGGAUUAAAUCACAAAUAUGGCCGUUUGAUGUAUCUUAGUCCUUGGGUUGUUGUAGCUUUUAAUAAGAUUACUUACACAUGUUGUUGCUGAUACUGCUUCAUACUGCUAGAUCAUUUGUUCAUGAACAAGGAAUAUUCGCUAUAGGAUUCACUUGGUUCCCAAGCUCAAUAACCCUUUUGAACCAAUUGCACCUUCUUUUCUUCCCACAAUGGUUUUAAGCUUACUGGACUGCUUUGCUCCAGUGCCCAGCCUCUGCAUUGUGUUGCCUGGAAGGAGAGGAAGAUUGCCGUGGGCAUCACUGCGGGCUCUGAUGUCAAAACAUUCAUUCAAGUCCCUAUCAUUUCUUUUCUGUGUUGUAUCUCAUUGCUGUUAAUUUAUUCUUGCUAAAUUGUGAACAGGCUCAGCUGAGUAAAAUAAUUCACUAGGACAGCACUGGAGUUAUAGUAUAAUGUACAGUUAUGCAAACGGACUUGAUUGUGGUUCAAAGGCCAUAUGGCGUUGGACUGGAAUAAACUGGGCAAUCAUGAUGUGUGAGCUCAUCUUCUUGCAUAGUUAGAAAGAAGAGGCGCAGAUGGAAGGUUGGGAGAUUAAAUAAAGAACCAAGCACAUACCGCUUUUAAGACUUCUAAAAAUACCAAAAUAAUUCUGUAGUACCUCUUACUGAAACAAUUAAUUUAGUUGUCACAGUGAACGGAUGAGAAUGGAUUUGUGCAAAGUAAACAGGCAGUCUUUAACACCAGAUAUUCUCUUGGCCUUCUUUAAUACUGAAAUGCUUUGAGACUUAUCCUUGUUAUUACUAGAGCUAAUUGUGUUCUAGCUUUGCUAGAGCUAAAUUACAAUUGCAUGAACAAUUGCGCCCAGAAUAUUUCAUAUUCACUUGCGUUUUUAAUUCUAAAUUAAUUUUACAAAAAACCCUGUAUUUAAAAUAUGAUUGGCAGUACUUAUUAAUGCUUUAGGUUUGCCACUGGUGCAUGUAUCAAACACGAUCCCAAACCGCUGCCGUCUUUAGGUCUCAACAAAGAACUAGAAAGCCUAUUUGUAGAACAAAUUGUUUGUGGCACAAAUUGUAAUUAGUCAAAUAGAAAAUAAGAUUCCUGAGACUGACACCCUAAGCCAGACUCCCUCAACCUCGGCCCUCCAGAUGUUUUGAGACUACAAUUCCCAUCAUCCCUGACCACUGGUCCUGCUAGCUAGGGAUCAUGGGAGUUGUAGACCAAAAACAUAUGGAGGGCUGAGGUUGAGGAAACCUGCCCUAAGCUUUCUUUCUUUCUGAGGCCUAACUGAUAACAAUGGGAAUUGUUCUCAAUAAAUUUGUUUAGGUGUGAGGAGUAAAACAAAGGUUUGCAAUCGACAGGUAUUGUAGGGUAUUAUUUUCUCUAAUAUGGUAUAAGAAUAAUAUAUAAAACUGCAAUAAAAAUACAAAUAAACUUGCUGGUGUUUUUUAUUUAUUGCAGAGAAAUAUUAUUAUAUAUCUCCUUUAGCUGGUGCCUUUUUCUUGGCUCUGACUCCUAUGUGGAUUGUAAUUGCUGCUAAACACCCAGCUACAAGAACUGUCCUCUAUUCAGGCUGGGAGCCCGUUAUAACUGCUAUGGUCAUAAGCAGGUAAGUAAAUUGCAUUAUAGCUGCGUACAGGAUAUAUUUUUUAAGGGACCCAACAAUAUGCAGAGCUUAACUGAAGUUAAGUACAUUUAUGUCCCACUGACUUCAUUGGGAAAAUUAAGCUGCACUUUAUUGUAGUAUUAUUAUUAUUAUUUAUUAUAUCCUGCCCUUCCUCCCCAAAUAACACAAUUUCAAAGCAAAAACAAAGCAAACAACAUUCUGAAACAGCUAAAGCAUUCUAAAAACAAUUGCAAUGAAAAACAUUUAAAAGUACCAUUUUUUUGGUGUAUAAGACGCCCCCUAUUUUUUUUAAAACCCAAAAUUAAGAAAUUUGGUUGUUUAGCUUUGGGGGGUCGGGAAGAUCACUUUUGCCAGUUCCUUACCCGCCUACCCACCACUGCCGAUCACUUGCCACAGCCACUGCUGAUCGCACAUCUCGCCACAGCCGCCAGUUGUCUGCCCACUCGCCGCCACCAACAGCCCACCCUCCCACUUACCACAGCCAUCAAUCUCUUGUCCACCUCGCCACAGCCACCAAUCACCCGCCCAAUUGCCGCUGCCAAUCUCCUGCUUGCUGCUGCCAUUAAUCGCACAUCCUUCCCCCCCCUGCAUUCACUAUCUGUGUAUAAGACGAUACCCAAUUUUUGCCUAAUUUUUUUUAGCAAAAAGCAUCAUCUUAUACAUGGAAAAAAUACAGUAGUUACAAUUUAAAACAUUCCUGCAUCCGAUGAUUUUGUGGUUGCUAGGCUCAAUUUUCUUCAGAGACCAAACACCUAGGUAAACAAAAAUGUGUUCAGAUUCCGGAAAGUUAAUAAUGGUGGAGACAGGCACACCUCACAAGGGAAGGCAUUUCAUCUUGUCCAUUUUACAUCCGUGGAACUUAAAUGUAUUAUUUGUGUUUUUCAUACCAACAAGUCUAUAACUGCUGACUUGCAUUCUGGAACUGGUUUGUGGGCCAAACUUUGUUGUAUUUUCAGAUCUGGGGGGAAGAAUUUACAAUAAAUUAUAAUUAUGUUAAUGUUUUAAGUGAUCCUUUAUGAAGCUGUCCCACAAAUCAAUGAAUCGUUUCUCUUCCAGGAAUGCUAAGAACCCAUAAUAUUUUUGGUAGAUCUGUUUCUAUAAUUUCAUAGAGCAAAAAUAUAAUAAACCUCAGGCAGACAGUAGAGUAAUAUAGAGUUUCCAGAAUAGUUUUUUUAAAAAAUAACAUUGUUCCUAGAAUUGGAAUUAUUUUUAGCAUUCUGUCUGUCUGUGUUUCAAACCUUGAACUUUCUUUUUCAGUAUUGGUGGCCUUAUUCUGGACACAACUGUAUCUGAUCCUAAUUUGGUUGGGAUUGUUGUUUAUACUCCAGUAAUCAAUGGUAAGGCAGACACAGGGUUUCUUAAAAUUGCUGUGGCUCAAUGCAUGCUGGUGAGAUAAAAGAAUAUUCUAGACUAAACUGAGACAUAAGUGGGUGGGUAUCUACUACUGUACGGUCACACUAUAAUUUCAGAGUAAAAACAGUUCCUGGUUUUGUGUUGCGACACAGGAAAAGAUAAAUAUACAUUCAGACUGUGAGCGAGAAUGAUUUUUUUUUUUUUAAAGCGCCAUGGUUUAUACAUUUAGAACCCCCAAAACAGAUUUUAAAAUAUUAUCCUAGAAAUGUACACUUGUAUCCAUUUGUGUAGGUAGAAAGUGCCUUUUGUAUCUUCAAAAUAUUGUAACAUUGCUACAGUCCAAUGUGCCCCAUCAAUACACCUAAGCAAUUAUAUUCCAUUAUUCCGAAUCGUUCAUACAGAUGAGAUUAUAUACCACACACCUUUCAAGUACAGUUUAUUAGAUAAUAUGUAAUAGCAUGAAAAAGCACAGCAGGGUAUUAGAAUAGCUUUGCAAAGUGGUGGUGUUGAGUGAAUGAAAUAGUAUUGAUUUUUUUUGUGUGUGCACAUACAUUUUAAAAGCAUAUGGAGAAGUAUAUUGGAAACCUUCCAGUUAUUUAAAUGUAGAUCUUCUUCGGAAUCUUGGCAGUUAAUGAAUUCCACAGGCCUCCAAGCAGCAUUGCGUCAAUGCUUCAGAAGGUAAAAAUGUUCGAAAGAACGUUUUGUCCAACUGACAUUUGUUCAUUCUUGGCUUCCAACUUGAAAGGGAAUUGCCAUCAAUAAAAUAUAUUAGACUAGCCAUGCCUCUUACUGGAAGCCCACUUCCUCAGACUGAAGGCUGUGUGUUUGCACUGACCUCUUCCCAUCCCACAGGAUUAGCCUGUGCAAUAUAUUAGCAUGACAGAGCACAUCAUUUUCCAACUAGAUUUCAACUUCCUUCUAGAUUAUCGGGGCCGCUCCUUGUUGAGUCCUCUUCCAACCCCACUCUCUAAUGUGUAGCACAAAGUACCUUAGUGCCCUGAUAUCCUUAGUCUGCAUAUUUUCCCACUCCACUGUGCAAAACUCUCCUAUGAGGGCAAGGAAAUACUUAGCACAGUGAUAUCAAGUCAUUAUAUAACAUGCACUGUACUGCAUUAUUGGGGCAGGGGAAAGAAAUAACUUAGUCAGAGGCUGCCAUUUUUCUACCUGGCGUUGUUCCUCUUUAGCGUUUUAGUGUGCAGUCUUGCCAGGCAGGUUCUCCUUAAUGUGAUUAAUUAAAGCACACUUGGGAAGUCUGAGGAGUGAUUUCUUGCCCCUCUCCUUUUAGAAGUUUCCCUUCCUUUCAUUACUUCAUGCAUACUCUAUGUUUUUCUUUUUCUUUCCUCAAGGUAAGCCCACCAAAGGCUUACCUUUAAAAAUCUGGAUUUUAAAACUUGCUGCCUUAGGGGCACUUCACAUUUUGCUGCCAUUCUAUUUGCGUGUUCAAGGUUUGUGUUUCUAAGCUGUCCUUUUCAGUGGCAAGUGUAGCAGCUUUCAUUUAAACUUGAAUUUCUUGCCCAUGUGCAUAGCGCAGGAACUGUGGUUUUAAGAAAAAUGCCAACCAUCUCAAGCUUCUCACACAAAAAUCACAUGUUUGGCACCACUGAGUUUUCCUGCUAUAGACUUUUAAAACAUCUUAAAAGACUUACUGUGACAGCUCUCCUCCCCUCACUUAGAGACAACUAGCUACAGUAUUGUUGGGAUAUGUCAUAUUUUGAGGUGGAGAACCAAAGUAAUUUAAACAAACACAGUUAUUUUUCUUUUCACUAAGGACUCCUAAUAGUCUGAUCUAGGACAUAAGAGCAAUGUCACAGAAUGUCAUUUCUCAGGUGCAGUCCAACCACAUUACUUUUGAGAAAAUAUGCAUAGGGUCAGCCUAUAUGGCAUCAGUGGGGAGCCUUCAGCUCAUGGCCCCAAUUUGGCCUGCCAGGCCCCUCAAAAUGCCGAUCAUGUAACAUCAUUUAACACCGCCAUUCAAUCAUUUCAGUGUGCCCUUCUACCUUCUGUGACUUUCUAGGGUUAGAAUUAAAAUUUUAACAUACAUAUAUUUCAUACAAGUCUCACUAAUAUUAAGAAGGACUAGAAUGUACAAUAUGCAAAAUGUAUGUAACAUUUAUGCAUAUAUAAAACACGUUUAAGAAAUGCACAGUUGUUUUGUCCUUUCCCGCUGUUACCUCUGCCUCCUUCUUCCUCUUGCCCUGCCUCCCAUCAGAAUGUGGCCCCUGAAAGGUUAGCCAGGUUGAAUCUGGACCUUAAGCUGAAAGUGGUUCUGUGUACUUGCAGAGGAACACCAUGUUUCAAGCAGAAAAGUAUCAUAACAAAUUAUUUUUGCCUUUCAGAUGUCAAAGGGCUGCUACCCUCCAGCUUCCCAGAAUACUUAAACUGUUCUAUUAUUAUGUACUAUUUGCUGCCAGUUGCUGUGUCCAGAAUUGUUGCAACGUGCUUUUGUGCAGCAAUCUGUGACUCCUGUCUGAUGUUUUAAUGUCUUCAUAUCCAUUUUCCUGUCUUGUAAUAGCAGUAAUAAGAAUAAGUAUGCCCUGGGAUCAUGAAUUGUUGAAGGGUGGGUUAGAAAUCGAAAUAACAAUUACAGUGGUACCUCAGGUUACAGACGCUUCAGGUUAUAGACACUUCGAGUUACAGGCUCCGCUAACUCAGAAAUAGUACCUCUGGUUAAGAACUUGGCUUCAGAAUGAGAACAGAAAUUCUGCGGCGGCAGGCCCCAUUAGCUAAAGUGGUAGGAACAGUUUCAGGUUAAGAAUGGACCUCCAGAAUGAAUUAAGUCCUUAACCCAAGGUACCACUGUAAAGGAAUAAAUAAGUAUGUCUUUAAAGAAAUAAUACAUUAGGUGGGGAAUUUUGACAGACCUUAGGCUACUGGUUCUUUAUGAACAUCUUUGGCAGAGAGGAACUACUUGAGAUUUUGAGCAUUAGGCACCUUCACUUGUUUUUACCAACCAUCCUUAAGCUGACCUUGUUACGCAUUGCAGGCACAGCUGUGAUGAGCUCAGUUAAAGAGAAAAAUGACAUUAAACUGGAAUUGCAGUGCAUAGUUUUUACAUGUGAAUGUUAAGAAACCAGCAGGGCAAUGGUAUACAGGUCUACUCAGUCCCAUGGACUUGCAAAAUCAUUCCUUAUAAUAUCGGGGUACACCUCAAUAGGAAUAAUGUGUGCUUUGAGCACUGAGGGCUGUGCAAAGCAAGGCUGGGAAACUAACUGCCCUCUGAAUGCUGCUGGACUCUACCCACGUUGUGUGGAGGCUGAUGAGAGGUGGCAGCCAGCAACAUCUGGAGGGCCACAGGUUCUCCACCCCGGUGGGAAGUCUUUAUGCCUGUAUUCAGAAGCUUUCCCCCCCUUCAUAUGGUCAGUUUUUGAGUUUCUAUAGCCAAACCUUUUUAAAAGAGGUCAUUCAGUUGCAAAAGAUUUGUGCUAAUAAUUUGGUAUACGGACAAGCUGUUGUGUUCACAAGCUAAUCUCUACCACAUGUACCUAUUUAAUAGCUUUCUACUACUCUUCUUGAGGUAAUUAGUCUGUUGAACAAGUCAGGUAAUUCAACAGGCAUGUUAGCAGAGAAGCUAUUAGAAGCUAAAACAAAUUGUCCAUUAUGUAAAAACAAAACAAAAAAACCCAAGAAAUCCUUACUUCUUGAAGGAAACAAGAUCAAAUUAAAAGUUCAAAAUAAUAUAGAAUAGUUUUAAACUUGUAACGCACAAGUCCUUUAAGAACUAAUAACAAGAUUUGAGAGAAUCAAUUAACAAAUAGUCAGCAUGCUGUACACCAAUGGCAAAAGGCAAUGGUUUCUAUUUUUUGACUUACUAAUAAGGGUCAGACUAGACAUGACCCCAUUUUGCUUAAUAGUUUUGUAGUUCAUUGCCUUGUGCUUAUGUUGUUGUAUUAAGGAUAUUAUAUAUAUUUUUUGUUUUGUUUUUUUAAGAACUGGUAUGCCACCAAAUAAUCUGUUGGGCAAAGAACAGUUGUUGUUUUUUAAUGUGCAUUCUCACAGUUUUUGUUUAUAAUUUAAACUUUACUGUAGCUGCAUGGGGGCUUCAAAUUUAAUCAGAACAGUAGUUUGCGGGGACUUAAAUCUUUCCUCUCAGGCUACUUCUGUGAUCAAAAUUGCCUUUUUUUUUACUGCUUUUUCUCCCUUGGUAGUAUGGGGAAGGGGGGCACCAGAUCCAUGUAUCUUUUUCCUCACAGGAAGAAGAGCAGUUGGCUGAGGCAAUUUUGUUGGGGGAAAUGGCCUGAGAGAAAAGAGUUAAGCACCUUGUCCUCCUGCCUCACCAUUCCAAUCAACUCCAGAGCCCCUGAUGGUUGCAAUAAAGAAAAUAGGAGGCACACGGCAUGUCUCUAACAUCACAGUGAGCUGCACACCAUUCAAGAACUUGUAAGAAAUCCCUACGACUGGUUUUGAGGGCUUUAAGGUUUUUCUGUAAGCCUGCACCAAGAGAAAAAGCGAAAUUCAGCUCCUGUAUAAACUCGCCACUUCUUGAUCAUUGCCAAAUCACAAGGCUGGAGUGACACAAAGGGCAGAAAUCCACUGUUGAGAGCUAGACAGGGCUCUCAUGGGCUUUUUGGCCUGUCCACCUCCCACCUGUCCACAUGCGAACUGUGCAUAGGCCUGGCCAAGGGUCACCGUGGUCGAGUAUUUGCUGAGGGUCCACACUCCACAUCCUGGGCCUGCUGCUGCAAGGAGGUAGAGUCACUAAGGGCCUAUCUACACUUACCUUUCCUAUGCUCUUUCUAGGAACCAUCCAAACUGCAAAGCUCUGCAUCUGAGCCCCCCCCCCGGUGAAAACCUGCUCUUUAAAGCUCAAUCAGAGCAAACAGCAGUCCGUGGAAAACCCAAAUUGGCGUUUGCUCUGAUUGAGUACUAAGGAACAGGUUUUCACAGGGUAAGCUUUUUUUGGGGGGGGGGAACCAACCAAACCCCACACUCGGACACAGAGAACAGUGCAAAAGGGAAGAGUGGAUAAGUCCUAAGGUAGAGGGGCCCAUGGAGAUGUCUUGCCCAAGGACCCUCCCAAACCUUGAGCUGACGCAGCCCAGUCCAUCCUCUCUCUAGGCUUCUGUGUUGUCUUAGUUAUGUUUUCCCCUUGGGUCCUCUUUUCUUUAUGUCUGCUGCCCUUCUUUCUAGCCUACUACCAGCUUUCUCCCGCUUUUUUGAAAGCCAUCUUGUCUAUUGACUGGUCUUUCUAGAAUACAGCUGUUCCUGUUCCUCCUCCUCCUCUUAAGCACCCUCUCCCUGAGUAGCCCUUUACUACUCCAGUUCCGUGUCACCAAUAGUAUUUUCCUCUCCUCCUUAUUGUAUGUAUCUCCGAAUGCGGCAGCUAGACUGGUGACUGGGAGCAGCCACCAAGACCACAUAACACCAGUCUUGAAAGACCUACAUUGGCUCCCAGUAGGUUUCCAAGCACAAUUCAAAGUGUUGGUGCUGACCUUUAAAGCCCUAAACAGCCUCGGCCCAGUAUACCUGAAGGAGCGUCUCCACCCCCAUCGUUCAGCCCGGACACUGAGGUCCAGCUCCGAAGGCUUUCUGGCGGUUCCCUCACUGCGAGAAGCGAAGUUACAGUGAACCAGGCAGAGGGCCUUCUCGGUAGUGGCACCUGCCCUGUGGAACGCCCUCCCAUCAGAUGUCAAAGAAAUAAACAACUACCUGACAUUUAGAAGACAUCUGAAGGCAGCCCUGUGUAGGGAAGUUUUUAUGACUGAUGUUUUAGUGUAUUUUUAAUCUAUUGUUAGAAGCCACCCAGAGUGGCUGGGGAAACUCAGCCAGAUGGGUGGGGUAUAAAUUAUUAUUAUUAUUAUUAUUAUUAUUAUUAUUAUUGCCUGCUCUGCAUCCUUUCUCCAGUCCCCUUGCCUCAGGGCUCUCUGUUCCUCAGCUCCCCUUAUUCCCCAACCCUUAGCCACUCCAUCCCCUCCGCAAGGCUUUCACCGACAGAAUCCGGAAUGCAAAUUGCUUUAUUCCCCAGAGUAAUUGAGUGGUCUGAACCACCACCUGCUCAGCCCCUCCGUUGCAGAGUCCUCACUCCUACAAGCACAACACGAUUCUAGAAUGGAACUUAGGAGUCUUGAGCCAUUUUUCAAAGCCUCUCCUCAUCGCUUUCACAAGAUAUGUUGAAAUAGAUUGCAUUUGUGUUAUGGAAUGGUAGUGCUUACAGUUUAGUACUCCUUUGGAUUGAAUGGUUGGAGAGCCAUUGAACAAAAAGUAAAAACAAAGGUAAUGAUUGCCUCCUUGUUACUUGAUUGGGAGGAAGUGGUUAAUAUGUGCCAACACAGACAUUAAUUGCACAUAUAGCUGGUUAGUAAGGGUGUCCUUUUUCCAAGUGCUUAGAUGAGAACGAGAGAAAUAUGCCUAAAACUACUUACAAAUUAUUAUUAUUAUUAUUAUUAUUAUUAUUAUUAUUAUUAUUUGUGCCCCGCCCAUCUGGCUGGGUUUCCCCGGCCACUCUGGGCGGCUUCCAUAAAACCAAAAAGCACUAAAAUAUCACACAUUAAAAACUUCCCUGAACAGGGCUGCCUUAAGAUGUCUUCUGAAUGUCAGGUAGUUGUUUAUUGCUUUGACGUCUGAUGGGAGGGCGUUCCACAGGGCAGGCGCCACUACCGAGAAGGCCCUCUGCCUGCUUCCCUGUAGCUUUGCUUCUCACAAUGAGGGAACCGCCAGAAGGCCCUCAGCGCCCGGGCAGAACGAUGGGGGUGGAGACGCUCCUUCAGGUAUACUGGGCCGAGGCCGUUUAGGGCUUUAAAGGUCAACACCAGCACUUUGAAUUGUGCUCGGAAACGUACUGGGAGCCAAUGUAGGUCUUUCAAGACCGGUGUUAUGUGGUCUCGGCGGCUGCCCCCAGUCACCAGUCUAGCUGCCGCAUUCUGGAUUAGUUGUAGUUUCUGAGUCACUUUCAAAGGUAGCCCCACGUAGAGCGCAUUGCAGUAGUCCAAGCGGGAGAUAACUAGAGCAUGCACCACUCUGGCGAGAUAGUCCGCGGGCAGGUAGGGUCUCAGCUGCAUACCAGGUGGAGUUGGUAGACAGCUGCCCUGGAUACAGAAUUGACCCGUGCCUCCAUGGACAGCUGUGAGUCCAAAAUGACUCCCAGGCUGCGCACCUGGUCCUUCAUCAUAGAUGAUUUGAAGUUCACAUUAUAUAGGCUCUUGAUCUCUUGCUUUUGACACUUACUAGUGUAAGUCCUGUUCUGUAAGGCUCAUCAGAUUUUAAACUGCCUCAGUUGGCAUUGCACCCCUCUUUUUUCCAUGUAGCUCCAUUAGCAGUACAGUGGUACCUCGAGUUAAGUACUUAAUUUGUUCCAGAGGUCCGUUCUUAACCUGAAACUGUUCUUAACCUGAAGCACCACUUUAGCUAAUGGGGCCUCCUGCUGCUGCUGUGCCGCUGGAGCCUGAUUUCUGUUCUCAUCCUGAAGCAAAGUUCUUAACCCAAGGUACUAUUUCUGGGUUAGCGGAAUCUGUAUCCUGAAGCAUAUGUAACCUGAAGCAUAUGUAACCUGAAGCGUAUGUAACCCGAGGUACCACUGUAGUAGUAAGUCCUCAGCUGAGCUGACCAUCAUGAAAUGAGAGGCUGCUGUUUGUAUGUAUGUCUUGCCUGCUGUGUGACAGGCAUAAAGCAGUCAGACAGAGAUAGCAGGAUCUUUAAUGCUAGAUUUGUUAUGCUGCAUUGUUACCUAAUUAUUAAUAAACAGUUAAAUUUAUUUUCCCCCUCUGUAUUAUAUAGGUAUUGGUGGUAAUCUAGUGGCAAUUCAAGCAAGCAGAAUUUCUACAUAUUUACAUUUACAUAGUGUUCCUGGAGAAUUACCAGAAGAAGCCAAGGGUUGCUAUUAUCCAUGCCGGACAUAUUGUGGUACAGGUAUGUGUUAUGCAUCUCCCUUUAAUGCAUAAUCCCAUAAUUAGACGGCUGCCAAAUGAAGAAAUGCUAGAGAUUUAAGAGAUAAUUAGUCUCAGAAGUUUGUCUAGAAAGCAUUUAUUAGGAAUUUCUGGAACCUUUUCAGACCUUAGUAUUUGAUAGGGAUGAAAUUACUUGCCAUCAGUGGACCCAACAUUCCUAAGGAAGUCAGAAUUUCCUCCUCCUCCUCCUCCUUUUCAGGUCCAGUCUGGUUAAUAAUGCCAUCACUGAAAGGUUAACCAUAACAUACAAAUGUAGUCAUUCUUGGUGUUUGAGCAGCAACUCUGAAAUUUUCAGACCACAUGGAGACUUAAAAGUGUGGUCCUAACCAUGUCUUCUCAGAAGAAAGUCCUGUUGAAUUUAUCGGGGCUUAUUCCCAGGUAAAUGGGGUUAAGAUUGUAGCCUUAGACCCAUUGAAAUUAAUGAACAUGAUCAAGUUAGUUUUAAUAGGUUUGUUCUCAGUAAAGCUUGGUUGAAUGCCACCCUUAGUAUUUCUAGAAGCAUUGUAAGAUUCUGAUGCUUGCUAGAAGGCAGUUAACUAUAGAGGAGUAAGAAUUUUAAAAUUUUGCUUCCUAUAUAUAUAUAUAUAUAUAUAUAUAUAUAUAUAUAUAUAUUUUAAUAGCUUUCUGGAACUUAUAGGAGCUGAUUGGUUAAAACCAUAGGUAGGCAAACUAAGGCCCAGGGGCCGGAUCUGGCCCAAUCGCCUUCUAAAUCCGGCCUGUGGACAAUCUGGGAAUCAGCAGGUUUUUUACAUGAAUAGAAUGUGUCUCUUUACUUAAAAUGCAUCUCUGGGUCUGCCUGCUGUUUUUACAUGAGUAGAAUGUGUGCUUUGAUUUAAAAUGCAUCUUUGGGUUAUUUGUGGGGCAUAGGAUUUCUCUCAUUAUUUUUCAAAAUAUAGCCCCCCACAAAGUCUGAGGGACAGUGGACUGGCCCCCUGCUGAAAAAGUUUGCUGGCCCCUGGUUAAAACUAAUCCUAAUGGUAUUGCUACCAAAGAAAGGUUAACAUAUUGUAUGCAUAUUAGUACUUGUCAAAAACGUGAUUUUUCUAAAGCACUAAGCUGACCAUGUUAUUAUUUAUUCUUAUUUUCAGGAGUAAAUAAUAAAUCAGCCCAGGUUCUUCUACUCUUGGUGAUUCCUGGGCAUUUAAUUUUCUUAUAUACUAUUCAUUUAAUGAAGAGCGGUCACACGUCCUUGACUCCAAUCUUCAUAGUGGUAUAUUUGUUCACAGCCCUUUUACAGGUAAGGAUAAAAAUAUCUGAAAAUAUUAUUAUUAAUGUCCAAAGACUGUUACAUUUAAAGUUUGUUUUCAAAACAUUUGAGAAAGAACAAGCCAAUAUCUUUUUUCAUGAUUAAUCCAUCUUGGGUGUAAUAAGUUGCUAUAGCACACAUCAACUUUUGCAUCUUUAGUUUGAAGGAUUCUUGAGCUAUUGUUUUCUCCCCACACCUCCAACUGCCUUACUUCCUUUUGCUUUUUUAUGAUACUUGCAUCUUUGGGUCAAGACAAACAUGUUUUUUGUUAGAAUUAUUUAGCACCUGAACUGCAAUUCUUUCUUACUUAGGUUGUAUUAGGAAUCUGUGUAGCAUUAUGGCAGGAAUCAUAUUGUAUGAAAAUAUUCCAUCAAGUUAUUUUUAUUUUUCAUUCUUUUUCUGUUAUUAACAGAGCAGUCUUCUGUCUUUUAAAAUGACAUCUCUGUUAUUAUUGUUUUAUUAGCUGUACUAGCAUUCACAAACCUCAUUGCAUUGCCAGUCAGGCACUGAAAAACUGUAAGCUGUGCACACAAUGGCUCUUUUCACUCUCCAUCUUUCACUAUUCAUAUAUGUUGUUUUGUGGCAGCUGUGGCAGCCCCUUAUACCAGCAGACCUUGGUAGCAAUGAUGAGGAUAGCUUGGCAUUUGAGUCCUUUGUUUCAUUACUCAUUUAUUAAGAUGAUAUGUAUAGUUCAGGGUUAAUUUGCACCCCAGUCCUAAUUUUGUGUGCGUGCCUAAAUAACUGCCUGCACAGCCGAGUGGUAUGUCUGCUGACACAUGCUGAGGUUAUAUACUAGGCUGCAAGUCUUGCAGUCAUCAGAAGCAUGUCUACUCAGAAGUAAGUUCCAUUUAACUGAAUUAGAUUUUCUCCAAGGUCUGGCAGGGCAAUCUCAUGCAUGUUUACUCAGACCUAAGUCCUGUUUGGUUCAGUUAGAUUCCUUCCUUGUAGCUUAGAACACAAACACACACUUAAUACAAUAGCCUCAUUAUUAGGGUUUUUUUUUAUUUCUACCUUCUUCUCACCUAUAUAAUCUCAUCGAUACACCCCCUUUUUUUAGCUAGCAUGACUGGGAAAUCUCACUAGCAGUUAUAGUCCAAGAGUCCGGAGUGAAAUCAUUGUACAAACAAUUUGGUUGCUUAAACAUCUUUUGAAAGUUGUGGCCUCUGGGGAAAAAACCUCACCUCCCAGUCCUAAGCCCCUAUAGGGCCAGUCAGAGAGGAUCAUUUUGAAAUUCAACAGCAGAUAUUACUUGGUUUAUCCACGUAUGUUCUCAGGGAAUUAUUGGGCUACCACUCCUAAGCACUUUGGCAAUCACUUGUAAGACUAUCAAUUUUGAAGGUGCUAUGACUUUUGUAAGACAUGUGACUAACAGGAGUGGUCAGUGAGGAGGGGCAGUGGGCACACCUGGCCUUCCGGCAGCAGAGUCACUGCCCCUUCCCAGGAUGGGAAGGUUGGCAGGGAGGUCAGUGCUGUGCAGACGCAUGGGCAGAACCAAUCUGGUUCUCGCACAGUGCUGACUCUGCUUCCUUGCCCCUGCCCCUCUCGCUAAGUAGUAAUGCUGCUGCUAGGAGGUCAGGUAUGUGGCAAUACCCUUCCUCACCAAUCACUCCUGUUCAGUAAAAAGGUAAAGGGACCCCUGACCAUUAGGUCCAGUCGUGGCCAACUCUGGGAUUGCGGUGCUCAUCUCACUUUAUUGGCCAAGGGAGCCGGCGGACAGCUUCUGGGUCAUGUGGCCAGCAUGACUAAGCCGCUUCUGGCGAACAAGAGUAGGCGCACGGAAACGCCGAUUACCUUCCCGCCAGAAAGGUACCUAUUUAUCUACUUGCACUUUGACCGAGCAAUGAGAGCUCACCCUGUCACGGGGAUUCGAACUGCCGACCUUCUGAUCGGCAAGUCCUAGGCUCUGUGGUUUAACCAGCAGCCCCACCCUACUCCUGUUCAGUACCUUAUGAAAAUUAUUCUCAUUUUAAUUAUCAAGCAAAUGAGUUGCAUGUCAACACCUUCAGCAAUAAAGGUUUCCAACAUAGCUCCAUUAGUACAGCAUUAUUGUUUGUUUUUUUCAUCUUCAUAUUGAGGCCACAAUCUGUAUCUUACACCACCUGCAUUUUAGCAAGUAAGCUGAAAGCAUUCUGUGUUUGAAAUUGAAAUUAAUUUUUCCAGAAAGGCAGAAUAAAUAUAUGCCCCAAAGCAACAAUCAGUUAUGAACUUCCCCCAAUGUGAGUUGAUUUGAUAUAGCAUUGCUUUGUCCUGUCUAAUUCAUUAUUCAUUCAAUUGAUUUUAGGGCAAACCUCUGCAGUUCUGUAUUUGCAUUUUCCUUCCGUUGUAAUGACUAUGGCAGCAUUCUGAACCUGUUCUUUGUGUUAGGUUAAAAUUGCUUCAUUAAGGAAAAUGUGUGACUUUCUAGACUUGAAAGUAGGCAUUAAUAUGUUCAUUUUUCUUUUAAAAAAGUGUUUCCUAGUGAAUUGACCUAACCUAUCAGACACAGUUACAAAAUAACAGUAGAAUUAAUGCAGUCAAUAAAUUUCUCUUGUCUCAUUCUGGUCUUUGUAAGUAACUCUGAAAUAGUAAACAAGUUGAAGGCCUAUGAUAUCACACUGGAGGGCAGAAGUGUUGAGAGAAGUCCUUUCCCCAAGCAGCUGUUUUAGAGCUGCCAAACCCACCACUCUCUAUUCUAUAUAUAGUAAAAUACUGUUUUGAUCAGUGUUUGACCCUAGUUUGCUAUCCUACUGGUUGGCACAGGACUGCCCACAUUACUAUUAAAGGGAACAAGUGGAACCUGCAACCAAAUGUUUCCCUACAUCCACACUGUCUAACAGAAGUGGUCCUGUUCAGGGUUCCAGCCAGCCAGACAUUCCUCAAGACCACUGUUCACUAUUAGGGCUCAGUUAAGGCCAACACUUUGUUUCUUUGUUUACAUUUAUAAACUAGCCCACAUUCUAUAGGAUCCCAGGGUGGUGAACACACAUAAUAAAAUCCUUAAAUGCUUAAUUUAAACACUACUACAAUCAUUAAAAAAAACAGUGGAAAUAAUUUAGUGUCAAAAACAUUCACACCACUCACAGUCUUCCCCUAAAUCCUUCAUGAACAGAUGUGUUUUCAGCUGUCACCUAGUGAGGGGGACAGCCCUAUCAUUGUAGGGAGGAAGUUCCACAAUGUGGGGAAACCACAGAGAAGGCCCUGUUUCCCCAUUGCCACAAAUGAACCCACGCUUGUUGAAGGGACCAUGAGAUGGGCCUCCAUUGGAAAUUGAAGGGAGAGGCAUUGUUGGGUUGAAAUCACGACAGACGAGUGGUGAGUGUCAAAGGAGAGGCGUCUGCCGGGGCAAGCCCCGGGAACUCUCUUUUAUUGAAUAUUACAAACAUUGCCACAGGUGUGCUUGUGGCUGAUUGGUUGAUACAAACACAAAGCAUCUUGUUGCUGAUUGGUUAACAUAGGUACAAGGCGGGAAUAACAUAUUACAUUAAUCACUGAUAGUUCAAAGACUGGGAACGGAGCUGGAACUAGACAGGCAUGAAUCCUCCUAAUUAAAUUAUAACUAAAGACUGAUAUUGAGAGAACAUAACAUGAAGGAAUACAACAAUCACGUCCCGUAAAUGUGGUCAGCAAUGCAUUAAGAACAGGUCAGGAUACACUGUUUCAUGAACUCAAUGGGAACUGUUCAGAACAUUCUCAGACUUAUGUGCAGAGGCAAAAACUUCCCAGAAUGUAAGAGAGAAAAGAAGCAAUAGUGCUAAAAGCAAGACUUUCCCAAAAUGCCACAGUUAUGUGCAGUAAGAGAAACUGCAGACAGAAAACUUCCCUUCAAGGCAUUGCAUCAAGAAGAUGGGUCUUGAUCAGCUUAGGGUUUUGUGUGUUAAAGUCCACACCUCGAAUGAGGUUUGUUUGCGAAUCAGCAGCCCAUGCAAGGUUGCACAGGACUUGUGUUACGUGAUCUCUUCUUGCCACACCUCUCACAACAUGUGCAGCUACAGGUUCUGAACUGUUCCCAAGGAUAGCUCCAUGUAGAGCACAUUGCAGUAGUCCAGGCGGAGGUUAGCAGAAUGUGGUCACUCAAGGUCCAGGCUAUGUCUGACUAGGAAGGUUGUUGCCGGCAAACCAACCUAAACUUAGAAAUAGGUGCUUCCUAACCACUGAAACCACCUGAGCCCCAAAUGGUGAAACUGGACCUCAGAGUACCCCCAGCCUACACACCUGCUCCUUCAGGGAAGUGUGACUGUCAAGGACAGAUCAUCUUCCCAGUUCCCAGACAAAAGAACCGCCUUCUUAAAGUACUCAUGUGUUAUCAGGAUUCAGUCUCAAUUUUCUGGUCCUUAUCUAGCCCAUUGAAGCCUCCAGGCAUUAGUCUUGUACCUGCCCAAAAGAGUACAGCAAAGAGUACAGUUUACAUGCCUACCUCAUAUAAACAGGCAGGCAGUUCCAAAGUGUAGAAGCUGCCAUGCUAAAACAUGGAUUUCGUAAAACUGUGGAAUGAGUACUACAUUCCAGGUCUGGGACGCGGGUGGCGCUGUGGUCUAAACCACUGAGCCUCUUGGGCUUGCUGAUCAGAAGGAUGGCGGGUCGAAUCCCCACAACAGAGUGAGCUCCUGUUGCUCUGUCCCAGCUUCUGUCAACCUAGCAGUUGGAAAGCACAUCAGUGCAAGUAGAUAAAUAGGUUCCGCUGCGGCGAGAAGGUAAACAGCGUUUCCAUGCGCUCUGGCUUCUAUCACGGUGUUCCAUUGCACGGAAAGUGGUUUAGUCAUGCUGGCCACAUGACCUGGAAAGCUGUCUAUGGACAAAUGCCAGCUCCCUCAGCCUGAAAGUGAGAUGAGUACCGCAAACCCAUAGUCGCCUUUGACUGGACUUAACCGUCCAGAGGUCCUUUGCCUUUUACCUUUACAUUCUAGGUCCUCAGCUUCCUACAUAUAAAGCAACUUCCUACAUUCCUGAACAGAAAAAUAAAUUUUCUGUGGAUUUCAGUGGAACUUAUGUGCAACUAUUUUUUUUUCCUGGCUAAGAACCUGACUAUUUUAGAAGAAUAUUAGAUACUUGGCACGAUAUCAAAAAAACAACUGUACCAAUUUUAGUAACAGAACACUGCGGCCCCAGGUACAAUGCACGAUUCCCUCACAAAAUGUGUUUGCAUCACAAGAUGAGUUCAGAGGUACCCUGAAGAUUUCUAUAAUUUAGGUGGCAUAAAAUAUCUAUUACUUCAUAUGGCAUAUAUUCUUGGCAUGGUUAAACAAUAUGUUCUGCUGAAGUCCCUAUUUGUUGAAUUAACUUGGAUCCAUCUGCAAUGCUGGAGUGGAAUACAAACUAUUCUCAAAAAACGUUAUACGUUCAAGUGAUUGAUGUAUUCUUUAUAAAAAGGACAAACUUCUCUGAGACAGCUGUAUAUAUGAUUGAAUGAUAUUUUUUUUAAGAGAAAAUAAUAAUAAAAUACAGCCUGCUUGAACUAUAUUCAGCUGGGUAUAAAGAAAAAGGCUUCAUUUUCAGACUUGUCAGCCAUCAUCAGACUGAAGGCCAGACUGGAGUAAGGAAGCCGUCAGUUUUGUGAUUCAGGGUUUGUGACUUUCAAAGGCAGCCUCUGUACUUCGGGUUCCUGCUGAGCCAGUAAAGAGCGCUCUGGAAUUUUCACACCUCCGAGGCAAAUCUCAGAACACAGUUGUGUUAAGGGCUCUGGGAAUAAACAAGUAAUGGGAAACUCUAGACAUUAUUGCCCAAUAAAUUUGGCAGGGUAAAAUAAAAUUGAUUGUAUCCACUAAGAAUCAAAAUUGUUGUUGCCCUGCAAAACAGCACGUUUUGAAUAUUCCUUCUCUUGUAUGUCAGAGAAUUCAUUAGAUUAGUUGCCAGCCCUUCUCUGUUAAAAACAACACUCUGUUUAGACCCCUGGCAGUUAAAUAUCAUUUGGGAACAUUUAUCCCUUAAAUUGGCUUAAAGCAAAAUUCGAAAAGCAGAUGGUGAUACAUUUUGAGAAGAAAAAUUAACAAAAGCAUAAUAAGAGCACAUUUGUGUUGACCGUUGUUGCUUCAGCUAUAUAAAGACAGCCUAUUAUCUCUAUGUUUAUUGCCCUAAUGAGACUGUUCUAGUAUCCUGACAAGUGAGGGCCACACUUACUUUUCCUCCACUCUUUCCAGGCACCAUCUGCACAUUAAAGCUCAGUGUCCAAACAGCCUAUUUUUUGCUCCAGAGUUUUCCCUGUGAAAACCCACUUUUUGAAGCUCGAUUGGAGCAAACGACAGUCUGCAGAAAACCUGAAUUGACAUUUGCUCAGAUUGAGCACCAAAGAGCAGGUUUUUGUGGGGGAAAUGCUUGGACACAGAGCUUUUAAGCAUGGACCUGUGCGUGGAAAGAGCAGGGCAAAAGAUAAGUGUGGAUAAGCUCUAACUCUUCAUGUCCUGAAUAUUUUUCUGCAAGUCACCUGAACUAGGAUAUUUGGCAAACGUUGCCUAGGAUUUCUAGUUAGGGAGAAGAGGACUUAGCCAUGAGUCCCAGUUUGGACCACAUGACAACCCAAACUCUGCAUGGUCUGACUGACUGUGUUGUGAGAACCAGUUUUACCAUUUGCAAAACCGAUUUAAUGUGUAGAAAUCCACUGUUUAAACUCCCUUUCUGAGGACUAACUGUAUGUUAAUGAACUACUAUCUGACUCAAUCUUAAGACUGAGCUGCAGUUUAAAUCUAAUUCCAGUUCUGGACUACAUUAGUUACUCAACAACCCAGGUUUGGUUCUUGUUCAUGUUUUUAGAAUAGAGAUGUACAGAUCUGAUAUAUUUUUGAUGAAAAGUGAAAUAAUGGGAAAACCUAGAUAAACGGAUCAUUGGUCCAAAGUGUUACUCAGUGUGAAGGACGAAUGAACCACAUUAGACCACAGCAUCACUAGUUUUAGAGGCAGUGGAGAUGUUACGUGAGAUAACAAACUGAUAUUCAUAACAGGAAUAGAAAAGCACGGAACAUAAGGGAGACCAGAACUGGGCAGAGUUCCACUGGGUUUCUGCUAGUAAUUGUGCCAGUUCUCUUUUCCCACCAGGGAAUAGAAUUGUGUGUGACUGCAGUCAAAACAAAAAAUUUAGAACUACUUAUUAAUAUUCGUACCAAAUUGGUGCAUAUCUUAUAAAUGGAAGCUUAAGGCAAGGCAGAAGUGUGAGUUGUAUACACACAGACUCACUUCAUUGGGUUUUGGGGUUGGAAAAUAUAAGGAAGUAUAUUUGUGCUGUCUCCUUACAUAUUGUGCUAAACCGUAGUGUGUGUGAACAAGCCACAGCAAACCUCAGGCUCCCACACGCCACCUCUUCUCCCCUCAUGUUGCUGAAAGGAGUUCAAAACUUUGCUUCUGCUUCUAAUUCAUCACUGUUUGCUACAUUGCCUGGACCCAGAACUGUGGUUAACAUUAACUAUGGUUAACUUAAACCAGACAGCAUCAGAAACCAUGCUUUGAUGUUGCCUUGUUUUAAACUAGGCAAUAUUAAUAUUAAUAUUAUUUGUUAGUCUGGACAGCGCAACCAAGCACUGUUAAUCAGAAGUGGAAGACAGUCAAGGGAAGGGGAGAGGAAGGGGCACUGCUCAUUGUGGUUUGUAUUAUGCUAAACCAUGGUUUAACAUAAUGUUCAAAUGUGGCCGGCUUUUGGUUCUUUACGACAAUAGGAAGGCAGAAAAACCUACAUUUGUUGUAAUAUAAAUAUUUGCUUUCCUUCAAGUUUGCUUUCCUUUUCUACCCAAGGACAAGCAACAUUUCAAUCACCUUGCCUCCAGUAUUUCUCUUUUCAUACCCCACAUAGCUGUUUCUCAAAUGUCCUGAGCAAUCAGGAAUAUAUUUGAAUGUGAAACUUCAGUUUCGAAAGCAUUUUUAGAUAAACGACACAAUGGUAUGUGCUUUAGUUAGCUUAGACUCCUCUUUAUUAGAAUUUCUAAUAAUUAUUCCCCCCCCCCUCAAGUAAUGCAAUCUCUGCCCAAAUGCCACUGCAUGUUCCCACUUGUCACAUCUGUUUCCAGACUCUUUCCCACCCACUCUGGUCCUGCACAACCUUCACAACUUCGGUCUUGGCAGAGGGGGACAGAUUUGCCUUUGAUCGCCUUGCUAAUGUUGUGGUGCUGGCCAGCUGAAAGAAGAGACCCAAAUUAUAACAAUUCCCCAUGUAACGUUGUCUUCCAGGAUACUGUGUGAGUGUCUGGAGGUGGUUGGAGGAUGGAUGGCGGCUAACAGAUUGAGGUUGAAUCCUGACAAGACAGAAGUACUGUUUUUGGGGGACAGGAGGUGGGCAGGUGUGGAUCCUGAAUGGGGUAAAUGCACCCCUGAAGGACCAGGUGCGCAGCCUGAGAGUCAUUCUGGACUCACAGCUGUCCAUGGAGGCACAGAUCAAUUCUGUGUCCAAGGCAGCUGUUUAUCAGCUCCAUCUGGUACAGAGGCCUAUCUGCCUGCGGACUGCCUCGCCAGAGUGGUGCAUACUCUGGUUAUCUCCCACUUGGACUACUGUAAUGCGCUCUACAUUGCGUUACCUUUUGAAGGUGACUCAGAAACUGCAAUUAAUCCAGAAUGCGGCAGCUAGACUGGUGACUGGGAGCGGCUGCCGAGACCACAUAACACCGGUCUUGAAAGACCUACACUGGCUCCCAGUAUGUUUCCGAGCACAAUUCAAAGUGUUGGUGCUGACCUUUAAAGCCUUAAACGGCUUCGGUCCAGUAUACCUGAAGGAGCGUCUCCACCUCCAUCAUUCUGCCCGGACACUGAGGUCCAGCACUGAGGGCCUUCUGGCGGUUCCCUCGCUGCAAGAAGCCAAGUUACAGGGAACCAGGCAGAGGGCCUUCUCGGUAGUGGCACCUGCCCUGUGGAACGCCCUCCCACCAGAUGUCAAAGAGAAAAAUAACUACCAAACUUUUAGAAGACAUCUAAAGGCAGCCCUGUUUUGGGAAGCUUUUAAUGUUUAAUAGGUUAUUGUAUUUUAGUGUUUUGUUGGAAGCCGCCCAGAUGGGCGGGGUAUAAAUAAAUUAUUAUUAUUAUUAUUAUUAUUAUUAUUAUUAUUAGUCACGUUUAUGUCUUGGAGCCCAGAGAUGGACAGUUUCUGUGGGAGGGGGAUGUCAAAGGCUGGCUCUCUGCCUGCUUUGGUAAAAGAGGAGCUGCCUCAAAGAAUCUGACAGUCUCUUCCAAAGAAAACAUGUGCUUUCAAAUAUAUUUGUUUGGUUUGCAGAGAGGAGCACACCUAGCACAUGCAUAAUUAGCUGAGGCUACAGAGCCGCCUUUUCAGCAGGGAGAUGUAUCUGAAUAACUUAUACAUAUUUCAUAAUGGAAAAAGGGACAGAAAAUUGCUAAUUUGAAAACCAUAUGGUUACAUCUUAAAAAUUCUUUUGUAGUACAAAUCAAAGGUAGGGAUUCUCUUAGAAGUAUUAAAUUAUUUCAGUGUGCCUAAUACUGUAACAUCUAAUUUUCCAUUUUAGCUGUUUAAAUAAUAUUUAAGAAAACGCACGCUUUCAAAAUGGUAUUUGAAACAUUGAGUCUGUAUACCAAAAAUCACAGUGGACGUGCCCGCUUUUUAAAUUGUUUUGGACUCAGGAAAUCUUUUGUGUGUUUUGAUACAGGAACAGUUUGGGUUAUAAGUCUUUAUUUCCUGAAGGUCCAAAUUGAUUUAAAUCUUAAUCUUGUCUAUUUUUUAGCCUACAGGUAAUCUUUGCAAAAUACAUAAAGAACCAUGAACUCAACCUUUCUAUUCAAAUAAGUUAGUAGAAAUAGUGGAUUUCAGAUGCUGCCAUAGAAAUCAUGUCAACGUGAUUUAUAUAUUUUUUUCAUUUUGCCAUAGGUGUUUACAUUGCUAUGGAUUGCUGACUGGAUGGUUCACCACUUCUGGAAAAAGGGAAAAGAUCCAGACAGUUUUUCUAUCCCUUACCUUACUGCUCUUGGUGAUCUUCUUGGAACUGCCUUACUUGCCAUGAGUUUUCACUUUCUGUGGCUCAUUGGUGAUAGAGAUGGAGAUGUAGGAGACUAA